AUGGGGCGUGUGAACAUCAAGGGUUCCAGUUCGUUCACAUGUUGGACAAGGCAUGAGAUGUUUGAGGCGAGACGAGAGGAGGCGAGGCGAGGCGAGGCGAGGGGUAACAUUGGCUCUGAGUUAGUCGGUCAUAAUCCUUUCGCGCCGUAUCGCCAAGCAGCAGCUUCGAACUCGCUUCGACGAUUCUCGGUCGUCGCUGUCAUCCUCUGCCUCUGCCCUUUCGCUAUCCCCUUGCCGCGCGUCGUCGAUUUCCACGAUGUUCGUUUGGAUCAACAUAUCGACGUCUGUUCGGCCAUAUUUUGGCUAAUCCUUCUUAUCUCGGCGCUGGCGCUUCUGGUCGCCACCCUUACUCGUCUGACUCGUAUUAACGCGGCGAUCCUUUCGCGACCUCUGUCGCGGCCAGCCUCACGCGAACUCGUUUUGAUCGUCACUCAGUGCUUCCUCCUCUUCGCGUGCGCCGCGCCAGCAUUUGCUGUCGCGACGCGUCUUUGCCCUCGUUUUGGUCGUGGCUCCGGUCGCGAUUACGGGGGUCAGUGGCGGCAGUCACAAUGGCGACGGAUCGCGCCGGAACCGUAG